AUGAAGUACCAUCUGUCUUUCGUCGCCUUCAUCGCCAUCGGCUUUGCCGCUGCACAAGGCAUUGAGAAGAAAAGGUCGGAGUCAGAUCUAUAUUCGGUUCCCGCCCCUGACUCCGUGCACGCAGAGUCAGACUACCCUGCGAUCCCACCGCCUGUAGAUCCUACCGACAUCAGCUCCGCCGACUCGUGCUCUACCGCCCUCACCACUAUCACGACUACGCGUACCAUCUCAGUCAUCACGCAAAUCCCUUCCAGCCUCGCUAGUGUCACCGGUACCGUCGACCUGAGCUCCUCCGCGCUUUCUCAGUCAGCACCUUUGGCGAGUGAGACUGGCAUCAUAGAACUCACUACUUGGCUUGCGCCCCAACCAUCGAGCGGUACGGCCACGGAUUUCGUUCCCGCCCCGAGCAGCACCGCUCCUGAGGGUGAGGAGAGCAGUGCUGCGCCUCCGUAUGCACCUGUGCCUACUGCUAGUGAUACGAUGACGGACACUGUGAGCGUUGAAAUCCCUUCGUCCACGUCGAGUGCAUCGGGUCUGCCGGGGUUUACAGAUGCUGCUGGGGCGGUUGGGGUGCCGGUUGUCGCUGCUGGGGUUCUUGCGUGGGCUGCUUUGGUGCUAUAA